AUGAUAGAUAAUUGUUUAUCUUCUUGUUAAAUAACAUAUAAUGGACUUACUAUAUUAGAUUAUGCCAAGAGUGCUAUUGAAUAUUUUGUUAAAAAGAGAACAAAAAACCCAGAAUAUAAGUAUGAUCAAUACCAUCUUUUUUCGUCUAAGUAAUUUUUUGUUCUUUACAUAUUGUCUAUAGUUCUUCGAUCUCAACAUGGAUACAUGAUGUUGGCCAUUUUUUACAAAGAGUUAAAACAGUGUAACCAUAAUUUGAGACCAAUUUCAAUUUAGAAGAGUGUUUCCACAAUUUAAACAAAUUUAGAACAUUAAAUGGUUAUUUAUAUAUAUAUUUAAAUUGCAGGAACUGAUAAUCUAUAUGGUGGAAGAGAUGUCUAAAAGAUAGAAUCAUCAAUAAUAUUAGUUUUUACUAAUAGAGAAUACUAAGGCCUAGAUUUCCAUAAAUUGAUUAGAUGGGAUUAUAGACUCCUUGUAUUUCUGAUCUAACCACCAGGUAUUGAAGAGAGUAUACCAAUAUAAAUAUAAACAAAUUGGCAUAACAUAGCUUCUUCAAUAGGUUAAGGUGUAUGUUUUGAAAUUUAAGAUUACAACAUUCUCUUCUAAAUAUUAGAUGAUCCUAAAUUAAUAUCUCCUUAAAUCUCUCUUUAAUUAACAAUGUUAGAUUAAACCAUUAAAUAUGAUGACAUUUAAUCUGUUAUUGAAAAAACUAAAAUAGAAGUAAAUCCUCAAUAGAAUUCUUGGUUGGUUAGAUCUAUUUAAAAAAUUAAUUAAUAAUUUGCAUAAGCUAGAUUAAGAUGUGCUCCUCAUGUUAAUAUAUUUACCAAAGUCUAUUUGCCUGAAUAAUAUCCUGUUGUAGAUUUUAAUGUAAUGAAAUAUUAAAUAAAUAGAAUUAUCCAUCAGUACCUGAAUAUUUUAUUGAUUUCAGUGUUACCUUUUAAGCAAGAUUACCUUAAUAAAUACCAUAUUAAGAAUUAGUAAUUGAAAAUGCAUCAUUAUUAAAAUAUGUUUAAGGUAUAACAACAUCUAAGAGUAAAUUAUUACAAUUUCCAAUAUUUUAUCAAGAAUAAAGAGAUGAAUAAAUAAAUAAAUACUUAGUUGGUUUAUUUCUAUUUUCAUCAAAUCAAAAUACAAUGGAAUUAAGAUUGUAAUAAAGAUUUAUAUAAAUUUAAGUUAUUUUCCAAAUUUUUACAUUUAUUCUGAACUAUUGACUCAAUUAAUAAAUACAAGAGAUGAUGCUAGAAAAUCAGCAGAAUCAAAAUUUUUAUAAUAUUUAUAAACAAUUCCAAAUUAUUAUGCUCCAUGUAUUAAAAAGAAUCUUGCAGAAUAGAACAUCUAAGUAAUAAUAAUAAAUUAGAUUAUAAUAGAUAACUAAAUAUUUAUUAUUCUUAAUAGAAGAAACAAAUCAUUAAUUGUAUAUGUAGAAAGUUAAAGCUUAUUAAGCAAAAGUAUAAAAAGUGAAAAAAAUGGUUGAUGAAGAAAAUUAUAAAAAUAGAUAAUCUCAUAUUUCUAAAAAGAGUAUGUGUUGUGCUGCUUUCAGUGAAAAUUAUUAGACUAGAUUCUAGGAAUAAAUUAAUUGUGAGUUCAGAUAAGUUACUUAAUUAAAUAAGGAAGUAAAUUUCAAUAAAUUUUUACCUGAACUUGAAAUUUAAUCUUGUUUACCUUAAAUGCCAAUAGUUCAACCAACAUUAAGAAAUCUUAAUUUAGAUUUUGAUGAAAUAGAGAUAAGAUUAGAACCUUAAUUUUGUGGAAAUCCUUGGAAAUUAUAAAGGAAAACUUAUAAAGAUGGUAUUGAAAUAAAGGUAUUUAUAAUUAAAUUAAAAAUUAUUAGAAUGAAUAAGAUGAUUAUUAAUAUGAAGAUAUGAUUUUAACAAAAGUAGAUUCUGAAAAUUAAUCUUAAGUGAAAAAUAGAAGAAAAGGAUUCAUGAGAUUAAAAGAUAUCUAAGAAGGUAAUCAUAAAAAAUCAACAAUUGAUUAACCUUAAAUGGAAAUUGAAGAUUUUUAAACUGAAUCCCAACCAUUUACAAAUAAUAAAUGUGGAUAUAUCAAAUAUAAUCCUUGCUUUCAAGUAAUUAGUUUUAAUUAAAUAGGCUAAAUUUAAAUUGAUUGUAUAAAGCAAAUUAUUAUCCACAAAUAAUUCAUAAUCCAUCAACAAUUGAA